CAUAGUUUGUUUUGGACAUCAGAUCAGAUUCUCAGGUGUGGUGUGGAUUUGCGGCACACCGAGUCGUGCGUGAUUGUAGGAAAAAUGGCCAGCUCGAAGCGCGUUUUCCAUAAAAUACAAGAGUUGAAUAAAUGUACAGAAGGAGCCCGCUUUAUAGUUAAUCGCAACCCCAGAAAUUUGGAACGAUUACGGCUAGCCUACAAAAACGACGGAUACCAUUUGGAAAAACCUGGUCGAAAUUUUUGGCACAAAUUGGAGCUAACACCCAGCAACAAAUAUGUUACCGCCAAAGUGAGCCAUUUCCAAAAUGGGACAGUAAUCGAAUCCAGUACUUCCGAAUGGGCAAUUAAGCGUCAUUUGUUUAAAGGAAAUGAUACUUCGGCUUACAUAAACUUGGCAAAGAUCUUCGCAGUUCGCUGCAUGGAGGCUGGCCUCACCGAAUUGCGAUGUGAUAUUCAACCAAAGCCGGAUGGAAAGGUGGACAAAUUUCUUAAAACUUUGAUUGAAAGUGGAAUCAAAUUGCAGGAGCCGGAGCGAAUUAAAUCCAUUCAGCCGUGGGAUAUGGAGCGCCCGGAAAAGCCAUGGGAAGUGACUGAAUAAAAAGCGAAUUUGCUUGUGGUUUCCUACAUUUUAUUAGCCCUCAUAAAACAGUUAUUUCACAUCAAA